GGAGCGGACAUGUGAUUGUCGCUUCGAUUCGUCGUCGUUUCGAUCGCAUUCCUGCGUUUCGACGUUGCUCUUCCACCCGUUUUUUUUCCCGCAAAACUCCCGAAAAUGUAACGCGAUACAUUUUCGUCAAGCGAGAAUUCUAACGGACGUGUCGAAAACGUCCCUAAGGGAUUUGUUUUUACGCAAAACGUCCGUUUCGAAACAGCUGAUCGCUACUUUGCGUAGGAUGAUUUGAAAAGUUUCGAGAACUUUUUAGUGGUCGGUGAGUUGCGAUAAAAUAUACCUGUUAACAAUCGGCGUUCGGGAAAACUAGCACGCGUUUUUUGUGGUUGGUGCAGGAAGCAGGAAAUAUGCAUCGCAGAAUUGAAAGGCGCUUAGGUUGGCGGAAAUCGGGCUGCUGAAGAAUGUGGUGGCUAGUAUUCGCCCUCGUUUGGUGGAGCGGUACUUCGGCGAUACCAUCUCCUGGUCCUCAAACGCCACCGCCUUCUGAGGAAUGGAAAUGCCCCGAAAUUUCUGAACAGCCGAUCGUCGAAUGCAGCUGCGAUAUGCCACAUACGCUUAGAUGUACCGGAGACAAAUCCGCAUUCCAAAUUAUAGCGAGGACUUUGCGGUCUCUUCAAUCUGCGUCGGUAUCUCUCUUGGACUGUACCGUACAAAACGUUUCGGCGAUUUCCGGUCCGUUACUCGAAGAUAUCUCGUUACACGGGCUGGUUAUCUCGUCCGGGGAAAUCAGAGAAGUGAAUCCGCACGCGUUCCAAGGUUUGGCAUCGCCUUUACAGGCUUUGGGACUUCCGAAUAAUCAGCUUACGGCGGUACCGACUCAAGCACUUAAGUACCUUCCGGAACUUGACAGAUUAGAUUUAUCGGGAAACAAAAUGAAAACGAUCGACGGUGCUUCCUUUAAGGGCUUGCGAAACUUGUCAUUCAUCGAUUUGAGCAAUAAUCUUCUGACGAAAAUUUCGCCCAACACAUUCGACGACGAACUCGAACUGAAAAUACUACGACUGCGAGGCAAUCGGCUAGGUCUAUUGGUCAUUAAUAAACUGAACCCAUUACCAACGGUGGAUGAACUCGAUCUUUCAGAAAACCUACUAAUGGGUCCCCUAGGGCCAAAAACGUUUCCCAAGAUGGAUUCGUUGAAGGACCUUCAGUUGUCUUACAAUUCCCUCAGCAGUAUCAAGAUGGGGGCUCUUCAGGGUCUGCCGAACCUGACUUCGCUUCGCCUUCAGCAUAAUUUGAUCGACGUGAUUGAAGAUCACGCGUUUAUCCAUCUAUCGUCCGUGGUGGAACUAGACUUGGCUCACAAUCGCAUUGUAGCAGUAUCCGGUGCUUCUUUGGCCCAUCUAAGUCGCCUUACCGAUCUUGAUUUAAGGCACAACUUUCUCAGGGCUCUUACGGCCGACUUAAUCCACCCGUUAAAAUCUUUAAAGAUACUAAAACUAGACGAAAACGAUAUUUCAAUUAUAGCCAGCGAUGCGAUGAAAUCUACUACGAUUUUUAAGCACUUUACUCUUUCGGAAAAUCCCCUAAACUGUGAUUGUAGUCUUAUAGAAUUCAGCACUUGGCUAAACAAUUCGAGUCUGACAAGGGAUGACAAGUCCACCGCAGUUUGUGCAACUCCGCCGUCCUUGGAAAACGGAUUGUUGACCGAUAUUCCCAACGAGCACCUUGUGUGUGGUGAAGACGAACAAGAAACCCUUAUGGCACCUCUGUCGACAUCGCCUAGAGCAAAAAUUUCCCUUCAAGAGUUUCUUUACGACGGCAACGACGUAAAACUUAUUUGGAGCGUAGACGAGACAACGUUGCCUUACAGUUGUGACGCCAUAUUCGUGUACGAAGAAAUCGGUUUAAACGAAGUACUACUCGAGUCCAAUUCGAUCAAGUGUAACUCGUCGGAACUGGAAGAUCCGAAACGUUUAGAAGUUACGGUACCGGCUAGUCUGCAGCUCCAAAACAAUCACAAGUACCGUUACUGUGUGGUUUUAUUCGCGUCCGGAAACACUGACGAUAUAUCCAUAGUACCCGGAUGUUCCGACAUGAUUUCGUUGAUACAGAACGCUCAGUACCAGCAGAAUUACGUGGGGCAAGCGACCAAGAUUGCGUCGAUCGAGGCAAAUUUAUCUAGUCAAGGGAGUUUGUCAAUGGACGUUGUUCUUUAUCCUCAAAUAAAAGACUGCGACUUAAACGUUGCCAUCUUGGAACAAAAUACGUUGCUUUCGCAGAGAAAGAUAACCUGCCAGGAGCCAAGGUACACGUUUGUAGGACUCGAACGAGGUCCUUAUCGAGUAUGCGCCAACGUGCUGCAGCCAGGACCGGCGCUUGAUUUUGUUAAACCCAGAUGCGUGACUGUCUUUAAAGAGCAAGUGCGCAGGUUCUCCGGUUUGGACGUAGCGUUUGUGUCAAUAUUUUUAGUUUUGUGCGUGUUGGUAAUCGGACUGAUCUGGGGAGUGCGAAGAAUUCUUUUGAAACCGAAAAUCCAAACUCACCAGUGUUUUCUGCCGCCGGAAUGCGACGAUCAAAUUCAGCAUAAUCGGUAUGUGAAGUUGCAGGCGACCACGAAGUUAUAAGUGUUGAAAGGAUUGAGUUACUCAGUGCCAUAAUAGCAGUCGCGAGUGACGUUGUAUUAACGAUUUAAAUGACUUUUUUUGGAUUUUUUGUGUCGUUGUGAUCGCAAUUUUUGUACCAUUCAAAAUGCCAGGUAGUCGGGGCCUGGAGUCUGAUGAUUAGAAAAUAAUUUUUGCUCUGAAAAGUGUCGUUAUUUUUGCUACUCUUAAUAUUCUAGUCAUCUUGCUACUAGGUAAAUUGAAUAUAGAUGCUUUAUCUAUAUUACAACAAAUUUUGUUGCGAUCGCCACAUCAAAACACUUCCCAGGAUUCCAUUAGUAUUCCAUUACAUAGUAAUGUGAAAUAUAUACACGCCUGGAAGAACCAUUCGACUCUGGCUAAAAAAUUCAUAACUUCCGCUAGUUUGUAAAUUUUACCUUAUUCACUUGCCUCUAUAUUCAAUUUAUAUGGUUCCAAUAGUUCUUUCCACCUAACCUUGUUUUCAAUUGCCGACUCAAGCAAACGCAAAUUUUACUAGUAACAUUGAAAGCCAUUUUUUAAUAACCGCCAAUUUUUACAUACACUGAUACACUUUAAAUUGAAUAUGCCCCAUUAAUGAUAGCCAACCUUCUGAUUAAGUUGAAAAACAAAAAUAGUUACAAUUAAUGAAACUUUAAAAAGUGUAAAAUAAAUGAUUGAGCUUAUAUGUUCUUUCACUUUUAUACGGAAUGGUUGGUUACAAAUCUUCUGGAUUCCUUCCGAACCGAAGUUGUUGAUGUUUCACCAAUCAUCCUGCCGACUUCUUCACAGCUUAACUGAAAUUGGCUCGCAUUCUACUCUGUACCUGCUAAUAUACAGUUUGAGGGGGGCGGAGCUAAAAGAGGGACAUGAACAUUGUCUCGAAUGGCUCCCAUAUUGGUAAAAGGUAAGGAACUGAUUCUGGGUUAAGAUUGUUUGGUUGUUUAGAGAUUUCUAUUGAUUCCUGGACUUAUCUUUGGCAGAAGGAUUGAAUAGUUUUGUCGAAUAAGAUUUGAUGUCUGCUUUCAUGAUUGUGUUGCACAACUGCCGAUGAGCUUACUUGUCGUCGUGUUGUCGUAAGGCUCUUUCAUGUGCUUUUACCCUAGUUAAUAUUUUUCGUUCUGUUUGUUGAAAUAGCAGCAGUUUACAGCAUUGUUGAGGUUACAGAAUGCGAGCCCGUUGCAGUUAACCUCUGAAGAAACCAACAGGAUGCUUGGUGAAACGUCAGCUAGUUCGAAUUUUCAACAUCCGACGCAGGACAAAUCCAGAAAUUUUGUAAAUUAUUCUUUUGUAAAUUUCUUUCUAAAAAAACAUUUGCAAGAACAAGAGUUAUGGGGGAUAAAGUUAACCCUUCUGAACAUACAGAAAUACCUGUCUAAUUAUCUUUUUAGUUUUGCAAAGAGCGAACUUGUUUCAAGGUGUAGUAAAUAUAUUUUCAAUAAAUUCAAAACUAUAUUUUGGUGUGGUGAAAACAAACAAGCUAUAAAAUCUACUUUUUUUCUGUUUGUUUCUUCAAACAGUAAUAUUUUGGUCUCAAUCAAACAAAAGCCCGAAUCACUUUCGAAAAUGUUGUUAGUUUUAUCACAGUUCAGAAACUCAACGCAUGUCACUCUCAUUACCCAGAGUUCAGCUUUCUGAAAUAAACAUAUUUUUCUUUGAAACAUUCAAAUUUUUGAAACUAGCGAUCCUAGUUUGCGAUAAAUAGAAAUGGCAUUAAAAAUUGUCGAUUAAUUUUGUACCAAUGCCAAUUGAAAUUAUUGCCAAUUUUCUGACUUUGUAGCAAUUUGUAUACAUUUAUUGCUUUAUGAUUUUAUUGUACAUGUUAUGUUCGUUUGGGUUACUUGCGUACCUUGGUCGCCCAUAAGCGAAAGCGAACAUAACUAAUUCAAUAAUUAAUCAAUCACUUGUAAUAUCGGAAUAAUCGGAAAUUGUUUACUGUGAAGAAAAAUGUACCUAAUUGGAAAAGCAAAUGUCGUCGACCAUAAAGAGGGUUUGUCUAUCUUUGUAAAUAUGUAUGCGUCGUAAACUAAUAUGUAACACUAAUAUACGGAGUAACUCUAAUAUCGUUCUUGUAGAUCGUGUUCUUCAUGCUUUAAUUUCCAAAGUAAUUUUAGUUUUGUAAAUACAUCAAAUUCGCUCUUGUCGUAUGCUUUAAAAUCAAUAUGUAUUUUUUACUUUUAAGUUAUUAACUGAACUGAUUAACUUUUAGUUUGUAUAUUGUAGAUAUGUUAGAGUGUCACUAACGCUUGUUUUAUAUUUUGUUAAAAAUUGUUGUUUUUUUAUUGUGCCGCCUCGGAAAUAAAAAAAAGUUCUUGCCA